CCGCCGCACGCUCGCGGGGGGGCCGGCGAUGCCGCGUCGCGGCGCGGAUUAACCUGCCCGACGCACCUGCCCCGCUCGACGUAAAUCCCCGGGUGAACGAGAGCGGCGAUGGACGCGGACGAGAUUCUGUGCAGGAUCUUCGGCGCGAGCCCCGUCACCGCCGAGCGCGGCGCCGCCGCUGGUAAGCCUAAGGACGAGCAUCUCGAGCAAUCCAGAUCGUGCCAGAGUUUGACUUGGGUGAACGAGCACAUCAGAAAGUCCCUGUUGAAUCUCUACAUCGACACAUGGAACUCUGAGGACAAUAGAGAGGGUCGCAUAGGUCCCCAUUACGUUAGGUUCGACGUAUCUAUGCACCGCGGCCUCUGCAUCGUCUCCCCUGACAGACUAAGUGUCAAUUCGCAGAGCAGCUUUAGCACGAUGCGAGCUAAUACGGGAGUGUUUAAGGGAAAGUGGAUGUACGAGGUCCAGCUCGGGUCCAAAGGGGUGAUGCAAGUGGGAUGGGGCACGGCUCAAUGUAAAUUUAAUCAGCAGUACGGCGUCGGGGACACGCCAAAUUCGUACGCUUAUGACGGAAAUCGCGUGCGAAAGUGGAACGUGAGUACUCACAAGUACGGCGAAGCCUGGUUAACGGGAGACAUCAUCGGCUGCGCGCUGGACGUGGACGACGGCACGAUAGAUUUCUACAGGAACGGUAGGAGUCUGGGCAGGGCGUUCGAGAAUAUACCGACGGGCGCCGGGGUCGCGUACUUCCCCACCGUCAGCUUGGCCUUCACCGAGAACCUGACGGCGAAUUUUGGCUCCACGCCGUUUAGAUACCCCGCGGAGGACUAUGAGCCUCUGCAAGCGCCUCCGUUGGCUCAGGUUCGCCAAGCCAUGCUUCUCUUUCAGUGGCUAUCGCAGGUGAUCGAACUGCUGGAAUACUCCAAGAACGUUGACAGGCAGAACGUUCUGCUGGAGGAUAAGACAAUGAGCGCCCAGGCGUUUCUCAUGUGCCUAGCGAGAUCCAUCCUGAAACACGUUGGCCCGCUGCUCACCGUUCCUUACGUCACCGAGACAGUUUUCGUGCCGUUCAUGCAAACGCUCUACAGUCUGAGCGCCGACGACUCCACGACGAGAUCCGCUUACUCGAAUAAUCGCGACACGCGGUCGAUCGUCUGUCUGGAUUUGCUGUGGACGUUCCUGGAGGAGCACGAGAUCAAGAUGUGCUUGGAGAGCACGGUGCUCCAUCUACUUUCCGCCUUCCGACACGUUUCCCUGUUACUCGAGUACCCGGAUCAGUGCAAGAGCCUGACGCUGCUGACCAAGAUCUGUCAGCACACCGUUACGCGGCAGUACUUUCUGCAACAUCUGUUAUUCGAUCGCGUGCGCUUCGCCAACUUUGUGCACGUGAAACCGCUCGACGAGGGCGGCUUGACGGACGUGGUGGAGAAGGUCUGGUGGGAGACGAAUCCCUUGGACCCGUCGAUCGAGACCAACAAGACCAGUUACCUGUACGCCUGCGAACGCAUCAAGACUGCCAUAUCCGAGGUAGAGGCAUUGCAAGUCAAGUUACUAGUCACUUUGUUAGAUAAUACCGAUGGCACAGCCAAGAGACCGACGUCGAGGGCGAUCUUUUUGAAAAAGUUCAAACGUUUCGUUCAAGAGAACCUAAUAUCCAGUCGCACACCCCUGCCGAUCACAUUAUGUUGCUUUCACCGACUUCUGGUCGCAUUCAGAAUUUUAUGGGACACUGAAAUUGGGACAAGCCCCGUCUAUAUACCCUGCAGGGCGUUCUACGAUGCAUCGAUCAAUUACUCUGGAAUCGACAGACUUGGUGGCGUAAUAACCCACUUAAACAAGACAUUCAGGAACGAAUUGCUACGCCUCCUAGGUCCGGAUCAUGAGGUAAUCGUUGCUAUGGAACAGCAACAGCAGCAGCAACAGCAGCAGCGUACUGCAACGGCGACAAAUGAAGCGUCAAGUAAUACUUAUGCCGCUGCCUUAGUCGGCGCGGCCGUGAGACCACUAGUCGAGUUGCCCGUGGCCAUACCCGCGGCCGUUUAUCCUCGCUUAAUUAACAUCAACCCGCCGGCGGCAUCGGCAAGCCAAGGUAGUUCUAUGAUACUGGAGAGAUUUGGAUUUUUUUCGCAUACUAGAGAAGAUAGGACUCCAAUACGUCACGGUCCUGCAGAUCCAGCGAUCUCGUUGAUGGAAUUAUUAGACGGUAUUAUCUUGUUCUACCAUGUAGCAGCGAAAAAGCAGCUGGCCAAGGUGGCUGGUCUGCGCGACAGUAUGUCCGCGUAUAUUAGCGCGAUCGCCGACACCAAGGCGAGGCUCGAGCACAUCGAGCGGGAGACAAUCCCGGGGAAAGAUCCCGAUGCGGAUGCGAUACAGAAGGAACUGCUCCGCACGACGGACAUAUUUAGUAAGAAACUGUCCGAGCAGGCGAGGCACAUGGCGUGGAUCAGGGCCGCCGUGUACUCGGAGGAGAAGCAGGCACAUCUCGCCUGGCUGCUCAAGGUGGUCACGCUGACCCUGCAGACCGCCAGCCAGCAGGGCAAUAUGUUCAGCUUCGUGCCCGAUUUCUAUCUGGAGACGCUGUCCGAUCUGAGCGUGAGUUUGCGCGCCCACAUGCACCCCACCGCGCUGAUCGAGAAGAUCCCGGAUUACCGCACGAUGCUGUGCAACGUCGCCGAGUUCUUGUGCGACCACUUUCUCGAUCCGCGCAUAGUACACGCCAAUUCUAAGGACGUGCUGAUACUCGCGCUCGCCGGCUUCGUGUCGAAUCCACUGAUGCUGGAGGCGUUGGAGAAUGUGCCGCGCGAGAGCAGGAUAAAAAUCGUCACGAGUCUGUUGAAACCGUACGAGAACAGAGCGUGGGCGCAGUCCAAUUGGGUCCUGCUCAGAUUUUGGCAGGGUAACGGCUUCGCCUUCCGCUACGAGAAGAGCCCACACCUUUCUAAGAUCGGCACGAAACAACAGGAGUCCGUCUAUCAGCUCAUAAAAUCUUGUCCAUCGGCGAUAUAUCAAGCACACGUGAGGGACGUGUUGAUGGGCAAUCCGCAGGUGACCACGCCAUUCCUGAAUUCGCUCUUGAAUCAAUUAAAUUGGGCAUUCUCCGAGUUUAUCGGUAUGGUACAAGAGAUUCAUAACGUGUCGUCCAGGCCGGAGCGAGUGUUUAUUGAGUCGAGACAAUUGAAAAUCUGCGCCACCUGCUUCGACCUAGCUAUCUCGCUGCUCCGGGUGUUAGAGAUGAUUUCCACGGUGGCUCGGGACGUUUUCAACGAUCCCACGCAGUCUUCCAGCGAAAUUUUACUGGCCAGAUUGUGUCAAUUACUUUGUCAAGUGUUGAACAGGAUGAGCUCGCAAACAAACUGUUUUCAACACGUGAUGCUACUUGAAAUACCGGAUUUAGAAUCUAUAGAUCACUUUCCUAUAUUGGCUGCCGUUAUUGGUAUUCUGUUGGCUCUUCUCGAGAAGGAGAUGACAGAUUUCGCAGCAAAAUCAACGAUUGAAGUGCCCAAAAUUACACGGAGUUUAUUGACAGAACCGAGCUUCCAGAUUAGUUCUCUGCAUUUUGUUUUGGGUGAAACAAAAUUGAAAAAUACCAAGACGAAAAAUGUAAAACCGUUCUCGCUGUUGAACUAUCAAGAAGAUGUGACGACGGAAGAAAUUAACCGAGUAAGGCAGAUGAUAACGUAUCUUGACACUUGUCACGUGCUCUUACCCGAUAGCAAAUUGAUAAGUGAUGAUGAGAACGCUUGUACAAUUUGCUACGCGUUUCCAAUCACUGCUAUAUUUAAGCCGUGCAAUCAUCAAACGUGUCGCACUUGCAUAGAUCGCCAUCUGCUCAAUACCAGGGAAUGUUUCUUCUGUAAAACGACCAUAGACAAAGUUGAGGAUCUAAGCGGGAACACGUUGCACGAUUUUACUAGCGAAUUCCCAAUUUCGAGAGCGACUUCUUGAUCCAGUGACAAAUUGUUUCGCAAAUUGCAUAUAUUGUAUUAAAAGAUUUAUUGAAUUCCCACGAUAUGCGUCAAGCAUCGAGUCCCGAUAAAACUGCCGCAUAUAAUUUUAAUUGUACAAUAUAAAGAAUUCUUCUAUUAUGGAGGGAGGGAGAGAGAGAGUGAGAGGAAAAACUAGAAUAAAUUGAGAGUAACAAAGAGGUAGUAUGUAUAAAGUAUCACAAAGUUCUUUUUUUAUUUACAUUCACAAGUACACUAUACUUAUAUGUAUAUUAUUGAGCACAUCUGAACAAUGGAAGAGAUUCAAAAUACAAAAAAAUCAGCUUCACGCAGUUUCGCGCGCAAAUGAGUUAAUCGGUAAAACUUACUAAUUAAAAUUGUAUAUAUAUAUAUAUAUAUAUAUAUACACA